AUGGGCGAUACUGUCCAAACCGACGUCUUGAUCGUCGGUGCCGGCCCGGCUGGGUUGAUGGCCGCGGCCUGGAUGGCCCAGAUGGGGGUGAACGCUACAAUUGUUGACCAGAAAUCGCAUCAAACGCGAUGCGGCCGCGCGGAUGGACUGGAAAGUCGAACGCUGGAGAUCCUGGACAGUUUUGGCCUGGCCGAUAAAGUGUGGGCACAGGCAAACCACACCGUCGAAAUUGCUUUAUGGGGCGGCACAGUCGACGGCAAACUGCAAAGGCAGAGUGUCACGGCGAACUCCAAGCCUGGAUGGUCCCGGUUCCACGAAUCGACGCUUAGCCAAGGACAGAUCGAGGAAUAUCUCAUGGAAUAUGUGCGGGCUCGAAAGCAUAUUGAGGUGAAGAGGGAAACAAUUCCCACUUCGAUUGAUAUCAACUACGAUUUGAUCGACGACCACGAUGCUUUUCCCAUCCGUGUCAAUCUAGAGAACGUACCUUCCGGUCAAAAAAAUGAGUCUAAUGGAGUGCGUACACCAGACAGUGAGGUCAGUGAAGCUCUUUCCGACGACUCUGGAUACGCAGGCAUGGGGACAAUGGUUGAAGCCAAGUAUAUCCUAGGCUGUGAUGGAGCCCAUAGCUGGCUCAGGAAGCAGCUUGGACUGAGACUUGAAGGCGAAACAUACGGGGAUUCUUGGGGUGUGCUGGAUAUCAUUCCUCUGACGGACUUUCCCGAUAUCCGAAAACGAUUCAUCAUAAAAUCAAAGCACGGAACACUGAUGAUGAUUCCACGAGAGAGAAAACUUGUUCGCGUCUAUGUUGAGCUUCCACCCGAAUCUGCCGAGAGGUAUCGAGCAGAAUGCAAUGCCGAUAUUCUCAUGGAACGUGUCGCAACUAUCAUGCAGCCCUAUAGCAUGAGCACAAGUCAUAUUGACUGGUCCACAAUAUAUACCGUCGGCCAACGCCUCUGCCGAAAGAUUGGUCUCCACAACCGCAUAUUCCUUGCCGGAGACGCAAUCCACACGCAUUCCCCAAAGGCAGGACAAGGCAUGAACGUCAGCAUGCAAGAUACGUUCAAUCUUGGCUGGAAGCUAGCGUCCGUCAUCAAGGGGGUGCUGCAUCCACGCAUCCUCGAGACGUACCAACAAGAGCGGCUGCCCGUUGCCGAACGACUCAUCGCUUUAGACCAAAGAAUCUGCCGAGGAAUGUGCAGCCAGAGGAAUGCCGAUCCCGAAACGCAACACGGCCGGUUCGACGAGGAUCACAAGCGAGCGCUUGAAGAGGAGAACUCUUCAAUGUCAGGCUUGGCGGUCAUCUACCAACCCAACUCUCUGGUUACCUCCACCGUUGCGGACGAUCCCUUGGCCAAAGGCGUAGCGUCUUGUAUCAGCAGACCCUCUGUGGCCGCAAACCUCCGAGUCGGCGCGCGCAUUCCCAGCGUGCUGAUCCUUAACCAAAGCGACUCGCAAGCAUGCCAUUUGCAACAGAUUCUGCCGAGUACGGGACAAUGGAAUCUAAUCGUUUUCGGGGGUGACAUAGCACGCGCAGACCAGAAGAGCCGUGUCAACGGACUCGCAGCGGCCCUCGAUGACCCCGAAUCUGUGGUCCAGAAGCUGAACGAUCCGGUCCGUGUGGCGCAACGAGGGUUUCCUACUAUUGGUGUCUAUCUCAUUCACUCCGCGGAUAGGCUCAGUAUCGAGUUGAACGAUCUACCGAAGAUGUUCCGUCCGUGGACAAAAGAUGGCGUGGACUAUGGUAGGGUUUGGGCGGACGGCGAAGCCUACCACCAUGCGGGCGGAGGAAAGUUGUAUUCAUCAUUUGGGAUCGAGGCCAAGGGGUGUAUGGCAUUAUUGAGACCUGAUCAGCACUUGGGAUUUCUAUCGGAUAUAGAUGAUGUGAAGGGGUUAGAACAGUUCCUGCAGUCGGUCAUGCUAGAGGCGAGGCCUGUAACUUCAUAA